AUGGAUUUUUUUGGGUCUAGUCGCUUUACAGACCAUGUGAACGCCUUGAUGGCGGAGCAUCACGUUCCGGGCAUCUCAGUCGGCAUUGCGGUAGGCGACUCCGCAACAGCAGCGCGAGGGUUUGGAUUCGCGUCUGUCGAAAGGAAUGAACCUUGUACGCCAGAAACUGUGUUUGACGUUGCUUCUUCUGCCAAAUCACUCACUGCGGCGGCCGUGGCCUUGCUGGUGGACGACAAUAAGAACCACCCCAAGGUUCAGUACGAUGCUACUAUGUCGGCGCUUCUGGCGGAUGACUUUGUCAUGCCAGAAACCCACUACACCGAUGGAGUAACGGUGGAGGAUGUUUUGAGUCAUAGGACUGGUAUGGCGAGCCAUGAUAAUUCCUACAUGGGCACAUACGCUGCACAGCCAGACGAUGCUCGUUCCAUAACCCGGAAUCUACGUAACCUGGCUGUCGCAGCUCCACUCCGUUCUCGUUACCUCUACUGCAACAUGAUGUACACAGCCGCAACGCACCUGGUCGAAGUGGAAAGCGGCAUGCCCUUUGCCCGCUUCCUCGAAGAUCGCUUCUUCAACCCGCUCGGCAUGAAUUCAACGGCUCUGCAACCUGCCCUGGCCCGUGAAAGGGGGCUCGGUGACCGCAUUGCCAAAGGGCAUCUUUGGAACAAAACUUCAUACGACGAGUUUGACAGCCCGGACUGCCCCGAAGGCCAAGGAGCCGGCUCCGUCAUGUCCAGCGCAGCCGAUUUUAUCAAGUGGGUCAAAGCGCUCAUGAAUCGCGAGUUUCCUAUCAACGACAAGGUCUACCAGGGCUUGACCAGGAUGCGAUCAAUUGUCAACCCCGGUGCAAAACGUCUGAAGCAACACACGACUCCUGCUAUAUAUGCAGCUGGAAUGGAAGUGUGCUAUUACAGAGGUCAGAUGUUGGUUGGCCAUGACGGAAACAUUGCUGGUUUUGGUAGCCGAUUUGUGUUUUUGCCAGAAAAACGACUUGGUGUCGUGGUUAUGGGCAACUCUUCCGGUGCAGGGGCUCUUUCCACUGCUGUUAUUAGGGCUCUGGUAGACGAGGUUCUCGGGCUCCCAGCUUCCGAAAGGCAGCUUCGAACCAAACCAAAGGAGAAAAAAUUACCCACUCGCCCGGCUGCUGUUUCAGUGAAUGUGACCACUGAAAAUGCAGGAGACAAAGGGUCGUACGCGAUGGCUCCCGGCACAAAGAAGAAGCAGGCGAGGAAUGCAGGCAAGCCGGUAGAUGCUACUUCAAAAGCUUCCGCGAAUGAGAGAAAAGCGGAAAAGCCUUCGAAAAAAAAAGCAAGGUCACUGCCCCCGCAAGAGGUACCGCUGGACGCUUACAUUGGCACCUUCACAAACAUUGGUUAUAAAAAUUUGACCGUGGAGAUGAAAGACGAAGCGCUUUUCGUGGACGCAUGCGAUCGCGCGUUCGGGUUUACCCUGAGCUUUGAACACAAACGUCAUCAGAGGGAAUAUAUAGCACACCUGUGUGAUGCAUUAGAAGGUGGCGACGAUCCAAUGGAUGCCGAAUUUGUAUUUGAGGAUGACCGGGCUGUGCGACUGGGCUUGGAUCUCGAGCCGGCGAUUCGGGAUUUGAUCUGGUUUGAUCUGGUUAGGGACGCGGAAUAA